AUGGCAAGCAUGAUUCUACAGCUCCUGGGGUUUUCUGUGGCCCUUAUUGGUUUCAUAGGGACCAUUGUUGCAACGGUGCUGCCCCACUGGUGGAGGACGGCUCAUGUUGGCACCAAUAUCAUCACUGCUGUGGCAUACAUGAAGGGACUGUGGAUGGAGUGUGUGUGGCACAGUACAGGUAUUUACCAAUGCCAGGUCCACCAGUCGCAGUUGGCACUCCCAAGAGACCUUCAGGUUGCUCGAGCCAUGAUGGUUGUGGCCUGUGUUUUGUCGGUUCUUGCUUCUGUUGUGUCGGUCUGUGGCAUGAAGUGCACCCAGUGUGCCAAGGGGUCCUCAUCCAAGAGGAUGAUAGCUGCUUUUGGAGGAGUCUUCUUUGCACUGGCCGGCCUCAUGUGCUUGAUUCCAGUCGCAUGGUCUACUAAUGAUGUGGUUCAAGACUUUUACAACCCAGGACUACCUUAUGGAAUGAAGUAUGAGAUUGGGCAGGCUCUCUACGUUGGCUUCAUCUCAGGAGGGCUAUCAGUGAUCGGAGGUAUCAUAAUACUUUCCACAUCAUGUCAAAGGGACAACACUCCUCUUCCUUACACUCCUCAUAGACGCUACCCAAGAAAGGCUCCAACGAGCAGAUCUCAGCCCGUCAACAAAAGCAACCGUGUACCGUCAUGGUCAUCUGCUUCUCGCCAUGGUUAUCACCUUAAUGACUUUGUAUGAGGACACCGCUAUGACACUGACUAUUUCGGGAUUUCCCCUAGUUCCACGAAACGUUAUUUAUACCAA